UUUUUUCCAUAUGUGGUGUUUCCAUAGAUUAGAUCUUCAGUUUGAAAAUUUUAAAUCCUAACUUUAAUCAACCUUUACAUUAGCAUUAAUAGCUAUAAUAUGCUGUCUUAUUUAAUUGUACAUUGUUUGGAUCUCAUAAGUUUCGUGUAAUUUAGUGGGUAAGUUGAUGUUAAUGGGGAAAAAAAGGAUUGUCUUUCCGUAUUUUCGAAGGUAAUAAUCUUCCGAUUGAUGAUUUAGGAGCAGUUUUAAAGCUUUGCUAGAUGUAUUUGGAUGCUUUGUAGAAUAUAAUCUAUCAGUAAUAUUCUUCCUACAGAUUUUCAUUUUUUUUUUAAAAAAAAAGAAUGAGACUUCUGUUUGUUUAUUUUUUUAAUUAAGCUUUUCAAGUAUUUUUUUGAUGUUGCAAGUUGUAUAAUUUUCGAUCUAGGGGAUAUUUUAUAGAUUUUGUUUUCAAAAACAAACAAUAUGUGUCUAAUUUUGGAUAUGAAAUGCCAAGAUCGAAUUAGGAAGGGGAAGAGAUUUAAGACUUGUUUCUUUUUUGGAAAGAGUGAAUAUAUGAUUGGAUUAAUCAGCAUCGAGUUUCAAUGGAGUGACAUGGUCGAUGGUGAUUCAUAUAGCUGACCUAACUUGUUUGGGACUCCGUGUUGUUGUCGUUUAUGAUUGUCAAACACAGUUUCUGCUAUAAAAGCAGUUGGAUUGUUUAUUCGUUUUGAUUGAAUGUAUCCGUUUCAAUUUUCUUGUCGUUUUGCUUGUAAGUGUACGUAUAUAUCAUGAGCCUAAGAAGGAUUCAAUAUGAUUCCCGUCUGUGUAUAAAUGAUUUUUCUGUAUAACAGCAGCAGAGGUAUUGAAUUAAGAAGAAUUAUUGGCAGAUAGAGGGAUUCUGAGUUUUUCACCAUCUUUAUCUUAGGCUAGAAAAUACCACUUUCAAUCGCAGCACUGAAACAGCGUCUUGAACUCUGAGCUAUGGACUCAACCCUGGAAAGUGGAGCUUAUUCCCCCAAAAAUGUAUUCAUUCUAUCUGGCCAAAGUAACAUGGCUGGUCGUGGUGGAGUUGAAAAGCAUCACUGGGAUGGUAUUGUACCAAACGAGUGCUCUCCCGAUGCUUCUAGAAUAUUCCGUCUUAGUGCACACCUCCACUAUGAGGUGGCACAUGAGCCACUCCACUGUGACAUUGACGCCAAGAAGACCUGUGGUGUUGGACCUGGAAUGUCAUUUGCAAAUGCAAUCAAGGACGUAGUGGAAGCUGUUGGGUUAGUGCCAUGUGCUGUAGGAGGAACUGCGAUAAAGGAGUGGGCACACGGGCAACACUUGUAUGAGAAUAUGGUCAAGAGAGCUAGAGCUGCCAUGCAUCAUGGUGGAGAAAUCAAGGCAUUGCUUUGGUAUCAAGGAGAGAGUGAUACAUUAUCUCAGCAUUGCGCAGAGACCUAUAAGGCUAAUAUGGAGAAGUUAAUACAUAAUGUUCGUGCUGAUUUGCAUCUGCCUUCUCUGCCAAUUAUUCAGGUUGCAAUUGCAUCAGGAGAUGAGAAGUAUAUUGAAAGGAUUCGAGAAGCGCAAAAGGCGAUUGACCUCCCAAAUGUAGUAUGUGUUGAUGCAAUGGGGUUGCAGCUGAAGGAAGAUAAUCUCCAUUUAACCACAGAGGCUCAGGUUAAACUAGGCCAAAUGUUGGCUGAUGCAUACCUUACCCAUUUUGCACCACAAGAACCUUGUGUUGCUUCAUCUUGAGAAACUUGCUGUAAUAUGUGUGUGUAAAAAUAUUUACUCAAUUUCUGCAGCUCUUCAUGUCUUUUCUUUAAAAUGAGUAUUUCCUUGACUGUAUUUCUUCAUAUGGCUUUCAAAUAUUUUAAAUUGUCAAAUUAUUAUGACAUAUAGCACUUUAUAUAA